AUGAUUUCGGCAACUUUUCUCUUUGCGCUUACUCUCAAUCUAUUCUCGUAUACGCAAUCAUUGCAAACAGGUUAUACAUGUGAGACAUCAGUGACUUUGAAGUGUCCUUCAGCACGGAAACUAGUGAUCUUAGAAGCGACUUAUUCAUCAGAAUGUCCGAGUGUAAGUGAAGAAUUAAAUGGAACAUCAAUCUAUCCACCAACCCGUUGUAUUGGUUAUUAUCGUGAACGAAUUAGUACGCAAUGUAAUGGAAAUGAGAUCUGCACAAUAAACAACGAUCUCGAGCAACGUCCAGCAUUUAUGGUUGGCAAAGAAGCCAAUUGUAAUUUUAAAGGACAAAGUAUUAAUAUCGAAUAUUCAUGUGUACCUGAUUUUUAUUCGAGUAAAUUACCUCGUAUUGACAUUUGCUCGUUACAAUCCGUUGAGGAUUUAAAAGAAGGUUUCCUUCACACACCUAACUAUCCUGCUGGUUAUCCAAAUGAUCUUUCAUGUUCAAAGAAGAUACCAGAACCUGAAUCGGGCCAUCGACUGAAAAUCUAUGCGGUGAAUUUUGAUGUGGAAAGUGCCACGUUCGGUCGUUCUUUCAAUGGACUCAAGCUGAAUGACUGGUUAGAAAUCAAUGACAACGGAGAGAAACUCUACGGUGCACGUGACCCAUUCACUCUUCUAUUCGAUGAUGUGAUUGAAGCAUCGUUACAAUUCAAAUCCAAUUCCGCAAAUUCAAAACGAGUUUAUGGUGGAUUUCUUCUUUACUUUAUCAUUGCACCCGUUCGUCGUUCUCGACCUACAACCACAACAAAGAUACUAUCCACCUCGAAGAUAGAUCAGCUGACUGUUGGAGAUUUGACAACUAUCAUACAAGAGAAAGCAGCAGCUUUGAAAGUAGAUAACCAAGCAGCAAGUAAUACUGUCCUGCUUCUACUCGUUAUUCUUCUCUCAAGUAUUCUCUUCAUUAUCCUCUGCGCCUUUCUUCUCUAUCGACGUCGUAACGAUCGUCGAAUUCGUUAUUUAACUGAAACAUUCAAUGCUUACAUGCCCGGUCGAUUUAAAUUUGCAGUGAACGAUUCGACCGAGAACAGCGAUGGAAGCGACCUCAAAUUCGACGUAUCCUCAUCAUCGACUGCUGAUGAGAAAUACAUCUCCAAAUACACAGAUAAGCAAUAUCACGAUUCAGAUCAUAUCUAUUCUCAAGAUCCAUUGGAACAUGGAAAGACUUCACCAAAACAUGAGCAAAAUUCAAUUGUAUAUGACUACAUCGACGAUAAUAUAAUUUAUCAGCCAAUUGUUAAACCUAAUCAAAACAUUGUAUAA